AUGUUCAUUCAAGAUCAUUUAUGUAAUUUUUGCUUUUCCAUUAGUUUGACUAUUGCCAACACAAGAUUUUUUACGCCUUGGCGGCUAUUCCUCUGCUUAACAUUCAACACCCACAUGAACUCUCUUCCAUGGCACAGAUGCCUCGCGCUUCUGAACCUCAAAACACUCGCCACAACCCACUUCCAGCAAAUACAUGCCCAAUUCAUCACCAACUCCCAUAACUCACCUACUCUUUAUGCCAAACUCAUUCAGCUUUAUUGUUCUAAACCAUCUCCACUAUCCAUCAAAGUUUCCCACCUUUUAUUCUCUCGCUUUCACCCCCCUAACCUCUUUCUUUUCAACACUUUGAUACGUUGCACUCAACCUCAACACUCCCUUCUUCUUUUCGCCAACUGGGUCUCUAAAGCUCUCUUACUUUAUGAUGAUUUCACUUAUGUUUUUGUACUGGGAUCUUGUGCAAGAUUUUGUUCACUUUCAACUCUGUGGUUUGGUAGACAGAUACAUGCACGCGUAGUGAAACAUGGUUUUAUGUUUAAUGUUUUGGUGCCAACUACUUUAAUUCAUUUUUAUGCAAGCAAUAAAGAUGUUAUUUCUGGUAGAAGAGUGUUUGAUGAAAUGACUGUGAGAAGUUGUGUAACAUGGAAUGCUAUGUUAACUGGGUAUUGUUCAAAGAGCAAAAAGGCUAAAGAUUGUGCCUUUGAUGCGUUGGUUUUGUUUAGGGAGAUGUUGGUUGGUAUUAAUGGAGUGAAACCUAAUGAUACUACCAUGAUUUGUGUUCUUUCAGCGUGUUCUCAACUGGGUGUGCUAGAAACUGGUGCUUGUGUUCAUGGGUAUAUAGAGAAGACUAUUUACUUGCCCGAGAAUGAUGUGUUUAUUGGUACUGGUCUUGUUGAUAUGUACUCGAAAUGUGGGUGUCUUGACAAUGCUUUAUUAAUUUUUAGGCUGAUGAGAGAAAAGAAUGUAUUGACAUGGACUGCAUUGGUAACUGGAUUAGCUAUUCAUGGGAAAGGAAAUGAAGCAAUGAUGCUUUUGGAUUCAAUGAGGGCUUGUGGUGUCAAGCCUAAUGCAGUGACUUUCACUAGCUUGUUUUCUGCUUGUUGCCAUUCUGGUCUGAUUGAAGAGGGACUUCAUUUGUUUCAUAACAUGAAGACUAAGUUUGGCGUUGAGCCUUGUAUACAACAUUACGGCUGCAUCGUUGAUCUUCUUGGCAGGGCUGGGCACUUAAAAGAAGCAUAUGAUUUUAUAAAGGGUAUCCCAGUUAAAACUGAUGCUAUCUUGUGGAGGAGUUUCUUGAGUGCUUGCCAUGUUCAUGGGAAUGUUGUGAUGGCUGAGAAAGUUGGGAACAUCCUCCUCCAGCUACAGCCAGAGCUGACUUCUCCAGAUAUGCCUGGGACUAGUGAGGAUUAUGUAGCUUUGUCAAAUGUUUAUGCUUCAGCUGAAAGAUGGCUAGAAGUGGAGAGUGUAAGAAGGGAAAUGAAGGUUAAAAAAAUAGAAUCUGAACCAGGUUGUAGUUUAGUUCAAACCAUUAGAGAUUAUGCCUAGAAUGGGGUGUAGAUAUAGAAUCCAGGUAGCAAUUUCAGCACGUAGUUGUGAAGAUUUCAAUAGCAAUUGUCAGAAUUGAAUAGAGCUAAAAUGACGACAACUUAAAAAUUGAUUGGUGGGAGAUGCAGUGCGGGGGUUGGGGAAUGUAAUCGGC